CGGAAAUCGCAGCAAUCCGAUACCGCUCGAUAAUUAUGAUUGCCGAUCGCGAUAGUCUUAUUUUGUUAUUCGAAACACAGUAUUCAAGAUGGCUGAGAAAGUUAAAAAGAAAGCCUCCUUCUUUAGUAUGAGAAGAUGGAAUAGUCAGAAGAGUAUGGAUGAUCAUAUCACUUCUAAUCCCGCUCCUGUAGCUCAAACUAGCUCUUUAAAUGGUGCCAAAAGUCCGUUACCACCAAUUUUGAGUAGAGCUAAUUCUAAUUUGGAUAAAAAAUUAACAGUUGCGGGGAUAAACGAUUUAGUUCAAUGCGCAUUAUGCCUGGAAAUCCUCAGCAUACCUAAAAUGUUGCCAUGUCAACACACAUUUUGCCAAGCUUGUCUCAAAAUUUAUGUCGCUGAUUUACACGUAAUCAGUUGUCCCGUCUGCCACACAAGAAUACAGACAAAUGGCUCUAAUUUCGUGGACAAUUUACCAUCUAAUCUCUACAUAAACACCUUGCUUCACAUGGUCGGAAUCAAACCGUCAGAUAAAACAACAAAUGCAACGCCUCCAAGCACGCCAUCUACGCCACUUAAUUAUCAAAAUGUGGAUUUAUUUGCUGCUGGUAUAAGAUGCUCUAAUUGCAAAACGUUGUGUGACAACCCUGAUAUUUCGAUGUGUGAACAUUGUAAAUUGAAUUUCUGUCGCGUCUGUUGGUCUCAACACAUAGAGGACUUACGAAUCCAAGUGGGUUCUAUUCUCAGAGAACUCGACACGGCAGCCAGUAGAUUGGACCACAAAAUUGAACAUUAUAAGGAUCGUUGUGAACGAGUAGUUGAACAAAUAAAUAUAGCUGCUGAAGAGAAAAUAAAUGCUAUAUUGGAAGCAAAAAUGAACCUAUUGCAAGAAAUGAACGAUUUGCAAAAAUCGGGAGAAUUGACCGCUUUAGCAAUUCAAUCGUCAUUAAAUGAAGCAAAAGAUGUGGCUAACAAAGUCCUUGACGUUGAAAAGCAAAAUAGGGAAGAUGAUAUGCAUAAGGUAAAGACAUUCGUGAAUCUUCACCAAAACACGCUGCAACUGCUGGGCGAUGUAUCAAAAUGGGAUGCUGAAAACUUUAUAUUCGACAAAGAGAAUUUUCGCAUUGACUCCGAUGUUAAAACUCCGUUUGAUGCUGAAUCUGAUGAUCCACUUCCAGAAGCCGCAAAACAAAACAAUCCUUUGGAGAAUGAGAGCACUCUUAUACAGCACUAUAGGUCCCGAAAUUUCGUACCACAUUACGUAUGGCGGAAAACUUCAAGGCCCUGCGGAGUCGGUAUUGGUCCUUGGAAUAACCACUUGUACAUCUGUGACAUGGAUAGUCAUAGCGUGCUGGUGGUAGAGAGGACUCAGGCUAAAAUUGUUACCCGUCUGUCCUGCGAGGAAAUGCUCUGCCCCGUACAAAUUGCUUUUAUGAAAAGUUUGGGAGAGAUUUACAUCACAGAUAAAUGGAAACAUUGUAUCCACGUGUUUUCUAAGGAUGGAGAAUAUCUCACCUCAAUAGGACAAAAAGGUAGCCGCCUAGGAAUGUUUAGAUCGCCUGAAGGAAUAGCCACAGAUAACGCUCAACAUCAUAUUUAUGUUGUUGAUACUGGAAAUGAUAGGAUUCAGGUUAUCCAACCAGAUGGAAAAUUCGUUGACCAAUUCGGUAUUGCGAUGCGAAACCAGCCAAGGGACACGUCAAGUAUUUGGGAAAUGAAAGAAACAAUGUGCACAGAACUAAACGCACCAACCGGUGUAGCAGUCACAAACGAUAGAGUCAUCGUCUUGGACAGUGGAAACCGUAGAGUUAAAGUUUACAACAAGAACGACAAAAGUAAAAUCACAGAAUUCGGCUCCACUGGUCAUAGAAAGGGACAGUUUAGACAGCCAGAAGUCCUCGCUGUUGAUCCUAUGGGCAAUAUACUAGUAGGAGACUCUGGAAACUGUAGAAUUCAAAUUUUCAAACCCAACGGUCAACUUGUCCGUGUUUUUGGCAGACUUGGCUCCGAGCCCGGCAAAUUUGGCUGGAUAUCUGGUCUCCACGUCACGAAGCAAUUAGACGUCAUCGUCAGCGAUACGAAAAAUCAUUGCGUCAACUUCUUUUGAGUAUAAAUAAAAAACAGUUGUAGGUAAUUAACAUAAUUUUAUUGUAAACAAAAAUGUUAACACUAGUGUAAAUCUAAAUAAAUGUAUUGAAAACAA